UGUUGCUGUAAACACUGUGCUGUUUAUUAAUUGCCACGUAUUAGCAUGUGGGCGUGUUUAUUAAAGAGGAAGGACGGCCACACUUGGUAUAUUUCCGCCGGCACAUCUUCGUCACCAAUUCAACGCGCGUCAAAGAGAGUGGGAGACGGAUUAAGGCGUCUGAAAGGUGGGGGGCUGAAGACCGCGACUAUAAAACACCAGUGGCGUCGCACGAGAACAUGCGAACCAUCAAGCGCUGCAGAUAAGUGUGCGCACCACCAAGACAGCUACAAUGAAGAGAAACAUCGCGGUGACUCGGACCGUCAGCGCUGGAAGCUGCAGCGUUGCCAGCCUCUCCAGAACCUUCAGCACUCCAGAGGACGCGCAACCGUACACCGCGCGGAGGCACAGCAGCGCCGGGGUCAGAGCGCUGAAGUGGGCGACCGCAAGCGCGCGCUCCUUCGGUAGCUCGCUCGUGCUGGAAAACCGAUCGAGCAAAGACAACCUCUUCAACAUUGUAGUGACGCCCGACAGCAUCCCGCAGUUCACCAUUCCCAGCCUGGCGCUGCAGGACGGUUUGAGAUUCUCGUCCCCCGCCUCCUCGUCUUCAGGUUUCGGUUCCUCCCCGCGGCUGGAGCGAAGAGCCCAUCGGAGUGUCUCGGAUCCCACCAGCAACAACAGGCUUCCGCACGACCGACGCGGGAACUGCGCCUUGCUGGAGGGGCAGGACUUCCCCGACCCGGUCACCAGGGCAGCGUUCUCCCUGCCGCACCUCCCCAAGGUCACCACGCCGUACGGCUUCCUGACCCUGAGCCGGAGCCCGCAGAUGGCCGACGAGGAGGCCCUGCUCUUCCAGGCUGGGCACCGGCGCUGUCUCAGGGACGAGGAGGGCGCGUCCCGCGGACGCACGCCGGACCUGAACGAGAAUUCGACUUCUCGGACGGGUCGAACCCGCCCGCCCGCCGGCACGUCCUGCCCCGCCCAGCUCGUCCGACGGCGCUCUUCUCCGGACCGCAGGAUCUUGGAGACCGGAAGAGCCAAACAGAACGUCCAGGGUUCUGCCAGGCGCCCUAAAUCCAGAUUUUGGGCUGUUCUGCAGAAACACUUUACCAACUUGAAGGAGAAGUCCCAGUGACUGAACAUUUACACCUCUCAUAAAAAUGCAAGCACGAUAUGAUGUACUUUUUCCACUGCAAACACAGAGACCAGCAAUAAUUCAGUUUUGGUUUUUUUUCAACUGCAUUUGUGGAAAUACUGCACAACCUUACAUUUAAAGUUUUAUUUUAAAUGGCUGUGUGUUUUCUUUUAUUUUCAUCAGAGAAAAAAAAAAUGGUUUUUAUGGCUUUCGUAUAUUCAUUUGGUAUUUAAGGAAUGUACAUGCAUAUUUUUAUCAUUUGUGUAAUGUGAUGUGCUUGUGAAUUAUUGAACAUCACAAUAAAUCUUUAAAUUUGUAUGAUACAAA